CUAUCAUUCUCUAUGGUUCACACUGACACAAGGACCUGCAACUAACUGCAUGGGUAGAGUUGAGUGAGAUUGCUAGUAUAUUCGUGAUUUCUCACUGGUUAUAAUUCAUAUAAAAAUGUUGAAUUGGCAGUGGGCACCAUGCAUCUUUGGGUGUCUAGCUGACUCGAUAACAAUAACACCGUAACUCUAGCCAGGCAGCGUGAUUUUGGCCGGAACUCACAAAGCUUCCGACACAGUUUCCUGUAUCACACUAGCUAGAACUUGUAAUUAUCUGAUUGGAUAAGUUAGCUAGAAAUCCGUUUUUCAUUUCGUGUUGGUGCAGCCAACUGCAGUAGCAGCAAUUGGUAUCAUUCCCUGUCUCUGUGUAGCUUGACUCAGAGGAGAAGAUGAGAGCAGAAGCGACGUUCAUCCUUGUGCUACACACCAUCCUGUCUGCCCUGUUGGUCAGCGAUGUUAGUGCUACGCUGUCCAGGACUGAUGCCAAGAAGAAGGACUCCAAAACACAAGAGCCAGAGACGUCCCAGGCGGAGCAGUCGGUGCUGGAGCGAGGUCUUGUUGUUGUUGACCCUCAGUGGAAGGACAUCGUAAAGGAGGAGAGGAGAUACUGCCAACGGGCUGUGACUAAACACACGUUCCAAGGGCCCGUGCUGGGAUAUAUAACUCCUUGGAACUCCCAUGGUUACGAUGUUGCCAAGGUGUUUGGUUCCAAGCUGACCUCUGUGUCUCCAGUGUGGCUACAGCUGAGACGGAGAGGACCAGAGAGCUUCCAUAUCACCGGUCUUCAUGACCAUGACCCAGGUUGGGUAAAAGCUGUGCGGAAGGCAAACAAAAAAAUCAAAAUGCUUCCUCGCCUGUUAUUUGACGGCUGGUCGUACCAGGACUACAUGAGUGUUCUUGGCAGUGAGGAUGAGAUCGAGGAGCUGGGGACUGAGAUGGUGGACGUAGCUAAGACAGAAGGCUUUGAUGGCUAUACACUGGAGCUGUGGAGUCAGUUAGGAGGGAACAAGAGACAGGAGCUGGUCCACAUGGUGACACACAUCUGUGAGGCUCUUAAGGAGAAGAAACUGGACUGUGUACUGGUCAUUCCGCCAGCCGUCACACCAAGUUCAGGCCAGCCGGGGAUGUUCGGGAGAGAGGAGUUUGAGCAGUUAGCUCCCGUUGUGGACGGAUUCAGUCUAAUGACCUACGACUUCUCCUCUGGACGACCGGGCCCCAGCUCCCCUCUACCCUGGGUCAGAGAAUGUGUUCUAGAGUUGUCCCCCAACACCCAAUGGAGACACAAGAUACUGCUGGGACUGAACCUGUAUGGACAGGACUUCUCCACCCACGGAGCUGAACCACUGCUGGGGGGCAGGUUCAUAGAGCUCUUGAAGGAGCUGAAGCCCAGACUACUAUGGGAUGACCAGGCUGAGGAGCACUACUUCAGUUACAAGAGGAGCAAUGGAGUCAAGCAUGUGGUCUAUUACCCAACACUGAAGUCUCUCCAUCAACGAAUCUCCUUAGCCACUGAGUUGGGUACAGGAAUAUCCAUGUGGGAACUGGGUCAGGGAUUGGACUAUUUCUACGAUCUUCUAUGAGAAAGACACUCAAGCUCCUUUCUUUAGCAAAUUAAUCAACCGCUAAAAUAUCUGCAAAUGUACAGUCCAUGGUAAUAUUUGCUGAGCACCAACUAGCAUGAGGAUUACACUGUUAUUUCUUUGACUACCUGGAAUGAACGACGUCUCUUAUCUCAUGAAGACCAGGGUGAUCAUCGGUUGAUUGUAGGAGACGGAGGCCAAGUUGUGUAUACAGAGUAAAUGUGACUGAACUAAGGAACUUGAAGCUGCCAACUUGGCAAGAGUUAGUUAAUCAUCCAUCAAAGCAGCUUUCAACUGGGGCUUAUAACAGGGUUAUUAUGGGAUGUGGCACACAGAAGGUGUUCAUGUUUUUAAAUGGAAAUACUGAUAUGAAAUGGUAAGAUAGAAUAAUACAUAAUAUCAUUUUUAAGGUCUGGUUUCCCGGACAGAGAUGAAGCCUAGUCCUGAAUCUCAAUUGAAAAUAGAUUUUUAGUCCAGGACCAGGCAUGUUUGUCAGGGUGACCGUUAUAAAUCAGACAUUAGUCUGCUGCCCACUGCAGGAAUGUGUUAUGUUUCUUUAGAAGACAUUUGACAUGAAAUAAAAAAGGUACAUUGUU